GGAGGGGAUUGGCGGAGAGCGGGCGGGGAGAGAAUGUGACAAGUGCCGGCUCGGGCGGCCGCCGCGGGGAGGCCGCGCGCACCUGUCCCUGCCUGUCUGCGCCCCCGCCGCCGCCGCCGCCGCCGCCGCCGCCGCCCCUCGGCCGCGCGCACCGCCGCCCCCCGCGCCCGAGCGCAGAGCGCGCGCCGUGAACAUGACUUCUGCCUUCAAGCUGGAUUUCCUCCCGGACAUGAUGGUCGAGGGCCGCCUGCUAGUUCCCGACAGAAUUAACGGCACAGCCAACAAGAUGAACGGCGCUUUGGAUCACUCAGACCAACCAGACCCAGAUGCCAUUAAGAUGUUUGUCGGACAGAUCCCCCGGUCCUGGUCGGAAAAGGAGCUGAAAGAACUUUUUGAGCCUUACGGAGCCGUCUACCAGAUCAACGUCCUCCGGGACCGGAGUCAGAACCCUCCCCAGAGUAAAGGUUGUUGUUUCGUAACAUUUUAUACAAGAAAAGCUGCACUUGAGGCCCAGAAUGCACUGCACAAUAUUAAAACUUUACCUGGGAUGCAUCAUCCCAUUCAGAUGAAACCUGCAGACAGUGAAAAAUCAAACGCCGUGGAAGACAGAAAACUGUUCAUAGGAAUGGUUUCGAAGAAAUGCAACGAGAAUGAUAUCCGGGUGAUGUUUUCUCCGUUUGGCCAGAUCGAGGAGUGCCGGAUUCUCCGGGGGCCUGACGGGCUGAGUCGAGGCUGUGCGUUUGUCACAUUUUCUACAAGGGCAAUGGCACAGAAUGCAAUCAAAGCCAUGCAUCAGUCUCAGACCAUGGAGGGCUGCUCUUCACCGAUCGUGGUGAAGUUCGCGGACACUCAGAAGGACAAGGAGCAGAGGCGCCUCCAGCAGCAGCUGGCACAGCAGAUGCAACAGCUCAACACUGCCACCUGGGGGAACCUGACGGGUCUGGGCGGCCUCACCCCGCAGUACCUGGCGCUUCUGCAGCAGGCCACCUCCUCCAGCAACCUGGGUGCGUUCAGUGGCAUUCAGCAAAUGGCUGGCAUGAAUGCUUUACAGUUACAGAAUCUGGCAACGCUGGCAGCAGCUGCAGCCGCGGCCCAGACCUCAGCCACCACCACCAAUGCAAACCCUCUCUCCACCACGAGCAGCGCCCUGGGAGCCCUCACCAGUCCUGUGGCUGCUUCCACUCCCAACUCAACCGCCGGUGCAGCCAUGAACUCUCUGACCUCCCUGGGGACUCUGCAAGGACUGGCGGGAGCCACGGUCGGACUGAAUAACAUUAAUGCACUGGCAGUUGCUCAAAUGCUCUCAGGUAUGGCGGCUCUGAACGGAGGCCUCGGCGCCACGGGCUUGACGAACGGCACGGCGGGCACCAUGGACGCGCUCACGCAGGCCUACUCAGGGAUCCAGCAGUACGCGGCCGCCGCGCUGCCCACGCUCUACAGCCAGAGCCUGCUGCAGCAGCAGGGCGCGGCCGGCAGCCAGAAGGAAGGUCCAGAGGGUGCAAACCUCUUUAUUUACCACCUUCCACAGGAGUUUGGAGACCAGGACAUCCUGCAGAUGUUCAUGCCUUUUGGAAAUGUUAUCUCUGCUAAAGUCUUCAUUGACAAACAGACCAACCUGAGCAAGUGCUUUGGUUUUGUGAGCUACGACAAUCCAGUGUCCGCACAAGCUGCUAUCCAGGCUAUGAACGGCUUUCAGAUUGGCAUGAAACGCUUGAAGGUCCAGCUGAAGCGCUCCAAAAACGACAGCAAACCUUACUGAUCCUAACCCCAGAGGCUCCCUGCUCUUAUUUUAGCUUUCUUAGGACAUCUUCAUGCCCGUUAGUUCACCGUUUGCCUAGCAUGUCCCUGUGGCGUCUCAAAAAAAAAGUUUCAUCGUCCCGUCAUUGUUUCUGAUGUCUUUCUGACCUCACAUCAUAUUUGGUUCUCCUACUGACCUUUGAUCUAGUUUGACCUUUGAAAUUUGCAUGUGACCUCAUCUAGCUAUGAAUUCUGGGAAGUCAAUGUGAAAAACAUUGCUGCAUUCAUGCAAGACUGAAAUUUAUUAUUAGACAAAUUAAUUAUAGAAAAAACCUGUGGCAAAAAUGUUUCUUUCUUUUUUUUUUUUCUUUUCAUAAAACAGACUUGAAAGUAUUAUACAGGGAUUGGCAUUCUUCCCGGUCACUGGUAACAAUAGCAAUAUGUGUCCAGGGACACAGAAUGUUGGUUUCUAACAGACUACUUCCAAAAACAGUUUGAGAAAAAAAACUGUCUGAUUUUAAGUCUCUAGAGGUCUGUAAUAGUUUUUACAUUUUUCAGGCAGUGUAAAGUUUUUUGAUAAGGCCAUUUUAGGUGGCUCACUUUCUCAUUAAGAUAUAUAUAGAGAACCACUUUUUGUAGAUUAGUAUAAGAAAAAUAUUUACCCUGUUUUGGGGCAAAUGCUACCUAUUUGUGUCACCUUUUGCUGAACUGACUCACAGUUAGACAAUCCAUGGUUUAAUGCACAUGAAAUUACCUAUAUUUUAUACUGUUUCAAUGUACAGGAGAAAGGUUACUGUAAACUGUGUUAUGUUGGUGCUUCUGUGAAUUAAGUUGUGGUUUCAUCAUGAGUCUUAUGGUCUUAAUGUUCUUUGUUGAUAAGACAAGUUUAGAAUUGGUUUACUUAUAACAAAAAAGAAUUUCAAAAAAAAUGGUUUGCUUAAAAAAUUUCAUGUGAGGGGAAAAAAAAAAAAAAAAAAACACCCUAUUCCAGAAUAAGUUUUGUGUUGGCUUGUAAAGCAUUGAUGUCAUUUUUUUUUAUUGUGGACUAUUUAGAUGUGUUUGUGUUCAGCAAAAUGUGAUUUUUUUUUCUUUUAAAGAAAAAGUGAAAAUAUAUAGUGCCAAAUUCCAAAGGUACUUCCUUCCUAGAGCUUCAGUGUGUUUCUUGUGAGAAGUAAUUUGAUAACAUGGGUAUUUUAUUAUGUGUUUUGUAUAAAUCCCUAAUAUUUAAAAAACAAAAAACAAAAAAAAAGAGGUUAAAAAGUUUGUUAACUUGCUAUCCUGUGGUCUUGUUGCCUGAAAUUGUUAUUGUUUGUUAUUUCUCUAUGACGUUUUUUGUAAGACAUUGUAUAAGUGCCCAUGUCUCACUUUUUUAACCACUCUGCACAUCAAUGCUGUGACGGCAACCUCACAAUGUAUUUUCUUCAUAAUAUAUGGAAACCUCUAAGGUGAGAAAGUUUUGAACUUUUAACCCUUUCUACCCAGAGCUAUCUGGAAUGUCAAUAACUUUUUAUACUGUCAUCAUUUUCAUUUGUUUUGGGGUGUUUCCAAUUUGAAGUUUUUUUCCACAUAUAUCCUUGAGUUGUUUUGUCUUUACUACUUUUUUAUCCUUUGGUUGGGAUUCAAAAGCAAAAUCUUAAAGAGGGUUAAAGUAUUUUUUUUUUUCCUUCAAAUUCCUCAUUUGCUGCUGGAAUUCCUUCUUCGGCUUUGGUUAAAAAGAGUUUACUGGGUACAUUUUCCAAGGGGAAUGGUAGAUAGUCAAGCACCUGAAUGAACCUUAAAUUCAGCGCAUGUUAGAGAUCGGAUUAAUGGUAAAUUCCAUUUUGAACUAUUUUCGUGUACCUUCCAGUGAAAUGGCUUUGUGAGGAUGCGGUAGUCUUUGGAGGGAUGUUUGCUUUUAUUUCUUAAAUGCUCCUAAAUUUAUAUGUCUUUGCUCAGCCAUUGUGCUGGGGAUUCUGAGCCCAGUGGAUACCUCUGAAUAAGCAAGGUGUCUGGAGUUAGAAGUUGACAGUCCUUUUCUUGUCUUUGUUUCUUUUGAAUCAAAUGCAUCUAAAGGGGCCUGACCGUUCAAGGCAAACUCAGUUCUUCAUCGUUACUGGCAAACACUGGUUCCCGCCGCCACUUUGCAAAGUGCCAUCUUUCUUUGACUUCUACUUCACGUGUGAAUGUGAACGGUCUCUUGUUGUCCUGGCAAACCCCAAAGUUACCUACCCCCCACAGCCCCAACACAAGUUCCUGCCUUUCUGGAAGCUUCUUUGUCUCUCCUGGAGUUUAGAAACUGCUGGCUCCCCUUCCCACUCACCACUCUGAUUUCAUGUGUGCUGUGGAUGUGAUAGCCCUGGGAUAGAAAGGACUAGCCACUAAUGAUGCAAAAAAAAAAAAAAAAGUUUCCUUCUUAUAGCACAUGCACUUACAAUGAUCGCUCUGUACUAUCCUCACACGUGUUUACUACUGCUGGGGCCUUCCUUCAUCCUUCGAGGGCUAUUUUGUACUUCCUGCAGCGGGCAGCUGACUCACAAAGGUUAUGGCACAUGUCCCUCUCGUGUACAUGAUGUGGUGGCAUGCCGUGCAUACUAGGAAUGCAAAGAUGACACCAUGGGACUUUCCUAGACUCUUUCAUUCGGGAUCUCUGAUCAGUUACACAUCAUCUUUGCUCCCCAUUUUCCUUCUCCCCACCUCUCACACCUCCUGCCCCCAUCUCCCCUGAAAGCUGCGGGAGCUUGGAGCUGAAUGUUUCUUCCCGCAGGCAACUGAGACAGUUACUUUUAGGGGGAAAAUCCGCUUCUCUUUUUUUGGUCAUGUGUCAUUGCCAAAAAGAUAACCCUCCUCAAAGACAAGCUGUCCUUUUCUUCACUUUAUCUUUCAAUAUCUAAAGGAAAAAGCUGCAAGGGUGCGAAGGGCCUGUGCCAGAGGAAAAAAACACACACAGGGAAACUGCUUUUUUAAAAAUCAAGUGUAGAGAAUAGUCGUUUUUAAAAUAAAUUAGAGAAUUGCGAUCAAAUGGCAGUCCUCAAAGGCGUAACAAGUUCAUCUUUCUUUCACCAUAGGGGUUUAUAGUUCUUUGGCUUGUGCUACUCUGGACUCAUUUUACUGUUUCUGUUUUUAUUAUCUUAAGUGCUAAUUAACAAGAAGAAAUAAAAUUUAAAAAAAAAAACCUGUAGUUUCAUUACCUUUUUGAAUAAUGUCAUACAAAAACAAUGUAUUUGUGUUUUUCUGUGCUGUGAGAAUUGUUGUUUGUAGACGAAUAAUAUCAUUUUGUUUAGAAUUACGAAAUAGUUUUUAAAUAUUGUCUGAGAAAAGCCAAAGUUAAUGCAACCUAGUGGAAACUGUAAGACCAUUUGAGUAUUGUUUGUUUUAUUGAUGCAUUUGGAUUUUGUUGUUUGAUGGAAUUUGAGCCAAAAAAAAAAAAAAAUAACGCAGGCUUUCCUAUUUCUACAACUGAUUGUACUUAUGCAUUUUGUACCAGUGGAACUUUUUAUACUGGAGAUUAAAAAAAAAAAAAAAAGGAAAUUUUUGUGGCUUACUCUAGUGGGCCCCCUGACAAUGACUGAUUUCAAGUUUGAUUUCUGGUUGAUCGAAAGAAAGUUGCUUUUCUUUUGAGAAUUAAAAACUUUGGCUUGAUUUCUUUUUUCCCUUUGCUUAUAUCUAGCAUUAGAAUUUUGUCUUAAAAUACAGCGGUAAGUUUCACUUUUUAUUCUGUAUUGUGCAGUUACACAAUAAGGUAAUUAGAUUUAGAAGUACUCAAGUCACUUUAAGUGGAUAAAUGUAUUAGUUAAAACUUUAGGAGUUUGCUUUUUCGCUGUUUAGAUCAAAGUUUUUUCUGAUUCUUCUGUCCUCAUUGUGAACAUAACCGUGUAGUUGAAACAGUCAAACUUAUUUUUGUAACGUAUGUUAUCGUGUGAUGCAGUUUUUUGCUUCUGUCUCCAAUAUUAAACCAUUUUCCUAAUACUUGUUUCUCUCUCUGCGUGUUGUAUUGUUGGUAGUCAUUCUGUGUUGGUGAUACAUCUGCACACCUCACUGUUUCACGUAUCUGUUUUUUUUUUAUAUGUUGUGUAAAAAGAUACAGUCGAUUCCACCUAAGUGAAUAUCUGAUUUGGGGAAAGGGGAAACUACACACCAGCCACCUCUGAUUUAGGUAUGACAGCCCAUUUUAACCACCGCUUCCAAGACUUAGACUCAUUGCUGUGGUCCACUCCAUAGCUGCCUACCGGGUGGGAUUUGCCAGGACCUCCUACAGUCUUUGGACCACACGGCUACACUGCACAUUCUCUCGCCUCUCUCCCCCACCCCUGUGUGUGUGUUCGGUUCUUAACACUCGUUUCAAACGGCUGCUGCUUUGCUGCAUCAUCUUAAACUUAAGAGGAGAAGCAGCAGAGCUGGGGUUCCCUCUGUCUACGCACGAAUCCAAAGACACAGCAUGACCAUCAACCUCUUCUCAAAAGCCAAUCACAUUUUUUAAAGAGGUGAGCUCUCAAGGGAGGAAAAAAUAAACUUACCUGGUGAAGAGGUGCAAAAAGGGUGAAGUGUCAUCUGUGCGUUGCCACCACUCACUAGAUAUGUAUAGAAAAGUAACCUAUUUUGUAAGAACUGACUGACUUCGGGAGCAGCUUUAAUUAGUAAAACCAAUACAAGAGGAAAGAAAGCCUUGCAAGGGCCCCAACGGAAGCUCCGCCCAGUCUGGUGGGAUUGGGGGGACCAGGGGACGUUCCCCACGCUCCAGUCUUCAGGCUCUACCACCCAUUUCCAAAUGAAAGCAGAAGGCCACGCGCGGCCACACGCGCCCUCCGGGAUGCGUGUCUGUCUGUGAGGAGGCCUCGUCCCCGCGCCCCGCCCCGCCCGGCAGGGAGAGCUGAGGGCAAGCCCUUCCCUGUCCGCCCCUCAGCGUGAAGCCGCAGCCCCCCGCCCGCCCGUCUGCUACGCUCAGGACUCCGCCUGCCCUCCAAGUGCUCUUACAGGACCCCCGCUGGCCCACCUCUCCUCCACCUCCGGAGACGCACGCGCUCGGGCCGUCUGGCCCGCAGCACCGGCGGCCGGCCUCGGCCUCGGGCCGCCCAGGAGAUUCCCCCGCAGGUGCUCAGGCCCGUCCCCCUCCGGUGUCCGCAGUCCCUGGGGCCCCCAGACUUGUCUUUUUUCGAGUCGGCUCCGCCAGAGAGGGGCCGGCUGAGGCGCAGGGAGGGAGGCCCUUCCCCCCCCCCCCCAGGCCGGACACCUCAGGAAGCGACUCCCACCAGCUCCAAACCCGCACAGACGGGAGCUGAUUCCUGCCCCAGCUCCUCCUUAAGUCUCAUCAGAGCCUGCAGGAGUUUGCCUCUGAAAACCCACUGCUGACAGUAGUGGGAAAGAGGGCAAAGGGUGUGAUUUUUCUUUCUUGUUAUCAUCUUCCUUGGGGGGCGGUUAGAAGGUGUGAGGGAGGGAGAAGGGGGUGAAGAGGGCCAUCAACUCCUUCCAAGAUGCAAGUGUUUUUAGUUUUUAAAUAUUUAAGUAAUAUAAGUAUGUAUAAAUAUAUAUAUAUCUCCACCAUUUGGCACAAGGCAAAAGACUCACACUAAUUCAACAAAGAAAGGAAAGACAGCCAGAUUUUUUUGUUGUUGUUUUUCCAACAACAAAAAACAAUAAUUCUCCAAAGAAGGGGACAAAACCGCUAGUUCCCUUAAGCACUUGUGACUGCAAAGUCGGUCCCUGCUAAAUUCACACCUACCCAAUACCGCUGCCCUGUCAGCAGGUGCACUGUUUGCCCGCACAGACCGCCUCGGGAAAUGAUGGAACUGUCAACGUUUACCCUGCUGAUGGAAGCCACACGUCUGCACAGCCCACAGCAGUCAUGAGUGGUCUUGGGCUGGCACUCUUAGCUGGCAGGCUAGGGGGGACAGUGAACAUUAACGUACUGUGAAUCGUUCCUGAUAAGUGAAUAAAACCUUGUGACCAGACAAUCAGCUUAUUCACUUAUCAGGAAUCGACUGUUCUGCUAAUUCGCUGUUUUUGUUUUUCAUCUCUGUUGUAGUUCACUAUUUCUGCUGUGUUCUGUUUUCUCCUCUCAUGCUUGGGCAAAAUCACUGGGAAUAGUAUCUUCAUGUGACCAUGAAACGUUUAUAUCGAGUGAAAAUGAUAUCUUAAUAAAAUCUAUGCACUUGCUAUCAGGAACACAA